AUGUGGCUUCUUAAACAUGGCCAUGGCCCGACUGGCUUUGACAAGGUUGAGCACCUCUUCAAGGAUGAAUGCUUGUUGGGAUUGUAUGAUCUAAAUUCUGUGAAUUUAUCAUCAGCAACAUUCAUUACAUUCGCCAAAACAAUGAUAAACAUCCGCCAAAGGAAUCCAGAAAUUGUAAGGGUUUCUAAUGAUGGAGCACAAUCACAGCCGUUGAAGCUGGCGGCAGAAAAAAAGAGGCGGGGGAGGUGGCAGCAGCAGUGGUGGAAAAGGUGUCCCUCUUCCAAAUCCAAUUCGGAUUACAAAUAG